AUGGUACAGCAUUGUGUCAACGCUGCUAGUACGGAUUUUUCUUCUUAUAAUUCCAAAACUCAGCGUGAUGCUAUUGAUGUUGUCGGCAGUAAAUCAUCGUCAAUAACCAAUGCACUUGAUCAUCAUAUUCGUACAGUGGGUUCAAUGCAUGCUGGCUCGAUUGAUUUUGUUUCAAAUGUUUUACCAAUUCAAGCACAAUCUUCAUCGUCGUCGACAUCCACCGAGCAACUACCGCCAGAUCCGAAUGCAUGCUAUAAAACUAAUACAACUGCUUCUCUGACAUCAUCAUCCGGUUAUGAAUCAGUCUUAUCACGUUCUUCAAAAUCGCAUAAAUCAUUAUUUUUUCGUCUUAAACGUUUAAUUAAUUUUUCUUCAACAAAAAAGUCUUCGGAUUAUCCUAUAUCGACAAUAACCGAUUAUAGUGAUCAAAAUAAUUCGAAUUCACCUUUUCUAUCAUUCUGUAAUCCGAUGGCGACAUCAAAAAUGAAUCAUCCUCAUCCAACAAGACAAAAUUCAUUAACACGACUGGACAUCAAACGAAAAUCAUCUCGACGAACAUUACCGCCAGCUUCACAACAUAUUCCUUUUCUAUAUGGACUUAAAAAUUGUGGUAAUACAUGUUAUAUUAAUGCGAUUGUUCAAUGCUUAUGUCACACAGAACAAUUAGCAUUGUAUAUUCUUCGAAAAACUUAUGAACAUGAUAUGCGUAAUAUUAAAAAUGCCAUAGGUGAUUAUCCAAAUUCGUCUCAACCAUCUACCGGCUUUAAGGUCACAAAAACAUUUGUACAAAUAUUUCAAGCACUAUGGAACAAUUCAUCAAAUACAACUUCAAAAUUAUUAUAUGACUUUAAAUCGAUUCUCUCAAAUUUGAAUAAACAAUAUUCCGGCAAUGAGCAAAAUGAUGCCCAAGAAUUUUCAUUAUUUCUUAUUAAUACAAUUCACGAUGAAUUAAAUUUAGCCAAUGCUCAAAGACAAAGGCAGAAAUCUAAGAAUUCAUUUUCUUCGACAAUUGCAUCAUCCUCCAUAGCUUCAUCCGAAUUAGCUCAUCGAGCUUGGUCGGAAUAUAGUGAUGCUAAUCUAAGUAUUAUAACUUCAACAUUCAGUGCUCAACUUCAUUCAACUCUACGUUGUAAUCAAUGUAAACAAGAGAGUAAAACGUUUGAACCCUACCUAUUAUUAUCAUUGCCAAUCCCACAAAAAAUUAUCAAGCCUGUUUUCGUUACUGUCGUUUUUCUCAAUCAAUCACCAAAACAAUUACAAAUCGGUUUAUGCUUACCUGUAACAAAUACUGUUAAAGACGUGCGAGAAGCCAUAGCUCAACAGUCAAAUCUUGACCCAAACGAUCUUGUACUCAUUGAAAUUCAACAAAAUGGAUUUUCUCAAGUUUUUCAUGAUACCGAACCGAUUAAUCGUCUUACAGAUGAUGUUUAUGCGAUACAAUUUCCUUCGUCGAAUUCAGAAAGUAUUGAACAUGUUGCAUCAACGACGGAUGAUGCACCUCCAGCUUACGUUAAUCUACUUGUUCUUAAUCGUGUACGAUAUAGUACUGGUCGUUCUGAAAGAUUUGGUGCACCGAUAGUUGUUCGUGUUCCUCGUCAAUCAAAUUAUCGUGUGUUACAAUUAUUAAUAAUAAAAGCGGCACGUUCAUUGAUUCGUGAAGAAGUUAUGGAACAUGCUCAAACCUAUGUUGUUUUUCAAUUAACACUUGUUGAUCAAUAUCAGUCAACAUCAUUCGGAACCGUUAAACAAGAAUAUUCUAUUCCUUAUGGUGUACAAUUACCACUUUUUCUUGAAAAAACUGUCGAAAUUCUUGAUGCUUAUGAUGGUCCUGGUAUAGGACCAUCACAUUUACAAGUCUAUGCGAAUUGGAAUGAGAAACAUGUAGGAGAAUUUUUAUCGAAAUGGCCCUAUAGUGAUGAUAAACCAGAUAUACAUCAGUCCGUUACACAUGCCCGUGCAACAUUACAUCAACCAUCAUCAUCGUUGAUUUCAUUAGCAGAUUGUUUUUCUUUAUUUACACAAUCGGAAAGUUUAAAUUAUGAUGAUGCAUGGAUGUGUAGUCAUUGCCGUCGUAAAGAAAAUGGUACAGUAAAACAUUUAAAAAUUUGGACAACACCUUCUGUUUUAAUAAUACAUUUGAAACGUUUUUGUCAAACAAAAGUAUCAAAUUCAAAAUUAACUUAUCCAGUGCAGUUUCCACUUUCCAAUCUUAAUAUUAAACGAUUCUUAUCAACAAAUAGAAAUCUAACAGACAAUGACGAAGAUGAUGAAAAUGAAAUAGAUGAUGAACAAGAAGAUUCUAUUGAAAAUCAAGAUGAAAAACAAUAUGGACUCUAUGAUCUUUUUGCAGUUUGUAAUCAUCGUGGUAGUAUGUCAAAUGGACAUUAUACUGCUUAUUGCAAAAAUCCAAUAACAGACAAAUGGUUUUGCUAUGAUGAUCAUCUUGUUUCUGAAUUAGAUCCGUCUCGUGUAUGUACACCUGAUGCAUAUAUAUUGUUUUAUAAACGUCGUGAUACACCACUAUCUCAACCCACACAGCCCAUUCCAAAAUCUUUACCGAUACAACAACAGGAUCAUAUUGAUUCAAUUGUUAAUGAUUUUGAUGAACAUUUAAAUCUUGAUCAAUCAUGUCCAGUAGAAAAUACAAAGCAUCAUGAUAUUGUACAAGCACCAUCCCCAUUGCCACGAAAAUUAUUAACACCAUUAUCUUCAGCAGUAUCUGACGAUGAAUGCUCACGACCACCUUGUCCGAUGCCGCGAACGCUUAUAUCAAAGCAUGAAGUACAUACGAUGUCUCAACCAAUAUCAUCUGACCAACAACCAACGGUUAAUUCUAUUCCAUCAUCUGAACCAUUAAUUGAUUUUAAUACAGAGAGAAUAAGUCCAUGGAGUCGUUUUAAUAACCAUCGAUAUUCUAGAGAUGAACUAGAGAGUAAUGUAGUCUAUCAUGCAAAAAUAUUAAGAUAG